CAUCAGGCGACGCUCACGCAUCCCCCCACCCUUUGACGCCCCUUUGAACAGCCUCAAAUGACAGCACAGAAUGGUGGUAGCAGUUAGCCAGCGCUGCUCGGUCGGCAGGGCUUGAUGUUUACGCCAUUCCCAAGCCAUCCAUCGGCACACUAACGUCUGCAAAGGACUACACUGAAACGUGACCCACACAAACAACCGCGGCCCGAUUGACAUGUAAGCACUUUUUCGUAUUAGUGAGGGAGCAACGAUGGGAAGCAUCAGGGUUUGUUUGCAACGCAUACGACACAAAAUGAAGCUGGACCUGCUCAGAGAUUUGGGUCGGCAGUAUCCCGUGUUCUGCUUCUUUCUACUGAUACUGCUCCUGUCCACGGUGCUGUUAAACAGGUACAUUCACAUCAUCAUGGUGGUCUGGUCUUUUCUGGCUGGUGUGAUUACUUUCUACUGCUCACUGGGACCCGAGUCUCUGCUGCCAAACAUCCUGGUCAACAUCAAGCCAAAGAUCAAGUCCUACCAGCAGGAGUUGUUUCCGCUGGGCCACAGCUGUGCUGUUUGUGGGAAGAUCAGAUGCAAAAGACACAGACCUACGUUGUUACUGGAAAACUAUCAACCAUGGCUUGACCUGAAAGUUUCCUCUAAGGUGGAUGCUUCUCUAUCAGAGAUUUUGCAGCUUGUUCUUGAAAACUUUGUGUAUCCUUGGUAUAGAGAUGUCACAGAUGAUGAGGCGUUUGUUGAUGAGCUCAGGGUGACGUUACGGUUCUUCGUUGCCGUGUUGGUCCGCCGGAUCCAGAAGGUUGACGUGGCGUCUCUCAUCACGCGAAAGCUUCUGAAAGCCUCCAUGAAGCACAUUGAAAUAAUUGCUAAAGCUCGGCAGAGAGUGAAUAGAGCUGAGUUUCUUCAACAAGCUGCCCUGGAGGAGUAUGGUCCUGACCUUCAUGUAGCCCUCCGCAGUCGCAGAGAUGAGCUUCUGUACCUCAGGAAGUUGACCGAGAUGCUUUUUCCUUAUAUCUUGCCACCUAAGGCUACUGACUGCAGUUCUCUCACUUUGCUGAUAAGAGAAGUCCUGGCUGGCUCUGUCUUCCUUCCUUCAAUGGACUUCUUGGCUGACCCUGAUACGGUGAACCAUUUGCUUUUGCUCUUCAUCGACAAUUCUCCGCCUGAAGAAGCCACAGAGCCAACCUCAAUGCUGGUUCCUUUCCUUCAAAAAUACUCUGAUCCUCGUAGCAGAAAGCCUUCAGUUCUAAAGCUGGAGUUAAAAGAAAUCAGAGAGCAGCAAGAUCUACUCUUCCGCUUCAUGAACUUUUUGAAGCAAGAGGGAGCCGUCCACGUGCUUCAGUUCUGCCUUGCAGUGGAGGAGUUCAACGACAGGAUACUGUGCCCAGAGCUGCCCGACUCUGAGAAGAUGAUGCUUCACGAGGAGGUGAAGAAGAUCUACGAGACCUACUGUUUAGACGAGAGUAUCGACAAAAUCCGCUUCGAUCCCUUUAUUGUGGAAGAGAUACGCAACAUUGCCGAGGGCCCUUAUGAGGAGGUGGUGAAACUUCAAACCAUGAGAUGUUUGUUUGAAGCAUAUGAGCAUGUCCUAUCUCUCCUGGAGAACGUUUUCACUCCCAUGUUCUGCCACAGUGAUGAGUACUUUCGCCAGCUUCUGAGGGGGGCUGAAUCCCCUGCCAGGAAUUCCAAAAUGAGCAGUUCCUGGGACUGGGGCCCCGAGUCCCCCUCCGCACAGUUCACCACCUCUGGCAGCUCUUCACCCGCUUCUUUUAACUCCCUCCAUGCCCAGCCCACGUUAACAACUUUUCCAUACGGCUCACUAUCCCACCGCCUCUCCUUAUCACCCAAGAGCACGUCAAAGAGAGGCGAGUCCUUUGGGAUCAGCCGCAUAGGCAGCAAGAUCAAGGGCGUUUUCAAGAGCACAACCAUGGAGGGAGCCAUGUUGCCAGUUUAUGGGCUGGUGGAGGGAGAGGAUGAUUUGGUGGAGGAAGCCAUGAUGGUGGUGGAGGAUGACUCUCCGAUGGAGGCGGCCUCCACUCCCAGUACCCCACGGAACCUGUCCGCAUGGAACAUCACCAUCCCUUACAUUGAUUUCUAUGAUGACGACGUGAAGAGGGAGAGGAUUCCGGUGUUCUGCAUUGACGUGGAGCGGAAUGACCGGAAAGCAGUGGGUCACGAGACCGAGCACUGGUCUGUAUACAGGAGAUAUCUGGAGUUCUAUGUUCUUGAGUCAAAGCUAACCGAAUUCCACGGUUCGUUUCCCGACGCACAGUUGCCUUCCAAGAGAAUCAUUGGCCCCAAAAAUUAUGAAUUCCUCACAUCCAAGAGAGAGGAGUUUCAGGAGUAUCUUCAGAAGCUCCUGCAACACCCUGAGCUGAGCAACAGCCAACUUCUUGCCGACUUCCUGUCUCCGCACAGUGUGGAGUCUCAGUUCUUGGACAAGAUGCUGCCUGAUGUGAACCUUGGGAAAAUCAUUAAGUCAGUCCCCAGCAAACUCAUCAAAGAGAAAGGACAGCAUCUUGAGCUGUUCAUUCAGUCCUACUUCAACUCUUGUGAGUCACCCAAACCCAAACCCAGCCGCCCUGAGCUCACCAUCCUGAGCCCCACCUCAGAAAACGAUAAGAAGCUCUUCAACGACCUCUUCAAAAACAAUGCAAACAGGUCUGAAAUGGCAGAAAAGAGGCACAACCAGAACUACUUCAUGGAAAUCCUCACUGUGGAGGGGGUGUACGACUAUUUAAUGUAUGUAGGCCGAGUCGUCUUCCACAUUCCUGACUGGUUGCACCACUUGUUGAUGGGUGGAAGGAUCCUGUUCAAGAACACACUGGAGGCUUAUACUGAUUACUACCUUCAACACAAACUGAACCAUGUGGUGGAAGAGCACCGCCUGGUCUCCCUCAUCACCCUGCUGAGAGAUGCUGUUUUCUGUGAGAGCAGUCCACCUCGCUCAGCUCAAGAUAAGCAGAGGAGAGCAAAAAGGACGUUUGCAGAGAUGAUGAGAUACAUUCCUGACAUUCUGGGGAAAUGUAUCGGUGAAGAGGCCAAGUAUGAAGGCAUAUGUCUCCUCUUUGAUGGGCUGCAGCAGCCAGUUGUCAACAAGCAGCUGACCUAUGUUCUUCUGGAUAUUGCUAUUCAAGAACUUUUCCCCGAGCUGAACAAGCCAUUUAAAACCUAAAAGCCCACAAGAGCUGACAGGCUGAAGAUGCACAGACAGCAACUGAAGUUGGCGUCAAAGCUGGUGGGCCAAGCAUGCCGUCUCAUGGUUAACUACGCAGUUUGUUAGGCUCACAGUUUACAGAAGUUCUGACAUAUUACCAUGGCAUCGCAAAUCAAGUUUCCAAGGUUGCAUUCCCGAAAACGACACUCCUCAAAGGUCCCAUUGAGGUAAACUAAUGUCUGGCCGACAUACUGUAGCGAGUACUGAUCCAGCUCCUUCUUCCACUUCUCGACAUCAGCAAGGAUAUUGGGAUCUGGAGGUUAAAAAAAGUAAAUGAAAACAUGAAACAAGCUUUUUGCGGUGUUCAUGAGAUGUUUUGGUGUCACCCAGACAUGACUGGGACAAUUACUGCAGUCUACCUUGAGGUAUGCUACUGUCCAACAGGAUAGGGUUUCCAACUGCUUGGACAACAUUUCCAGCCUCAUCAAAGGUAACCUUCAAGUAGCCCAGGUAUUUUCCAAAGGCAUAUGCCUGAACCACUGGCACAUUUCUGCCAUCAUCUGACAUCACCAUGAAUGGGUACGGACCUGCUGGCACUUCCGUAGAUGGAGCGGGUCCUAUAGAGCGGAACAAUACAACCUUUAUUACUAAGUUACUAACCCUUGUGCCGGACUGAUCGAUCCAAAUAUCGAUACCGAUGUUGUGAUUGAUAUUGAUAGGUAUCAGUAUCAUGAGAUCGAUACUUGAGUUAUGGUUUCUCUUCCACAGUAUGCACUGCUGCUUUCUUUAUCAGAGAGGUGUAACUUAGCUGACACGCUACCUCCAACUUAACCGCCGCUUCCGGCAUUCCCUCCCUCUCUUUUUGAUGUUGUGCCACCUGCCGCGUGACUCAGCGGCGCCAGGUAAACAAGCAAAUAAGCGUAGCCAACGUGACCCGGCCAGCAACAUGCACAUAAACAGCAGCACAGAAAAACUGAGUCGAGGGAUGCAGAGAGGAAGAGGAACGCCGUGUGGCUUACUUUGCAGGCCACAAAUUCUUGAAAGUCAAUCUGUAAAAAGCGGGUAAAAUAUUAUGGAAACAAACAAAUGUACAAAUCACAGGCAGAGUUUUCGGGUAUGGGCCUUUCAGUUUGGCAGUAGUGGUGAAAGCAGCAUUGUUGUCAUCCUCAGCAGCCAAAACAAAAAGUAUCAAUUAUGCUUUGACCUUGAUGUGUUAUGGAAAUGAAUGGCAUAAAUGUCCUAAUAUAAUACAUCUUAUAUUUAAUCAAAUAAUAUACACUUUAGUCUUUACUGUGAAAGAGAUACUGUCUACUUGCUAUAUUUACACUAUGGUAAGUAAACAAAAACAUUGAUGAUAAAGUAUUUUCUACUUACUUGUACUGUAAACAUUGCCCAAAUCCUUUCCUAGUGUUUAAUGAAUAUUCGGUAAAAAGGUGCAAAUUAUCAUGAAAAUUCAUUCAGAUUUAGCAAUUUUUUUUCAAUUUCAUGAUGCAUCAUCAUCCUUAAUUAUGAAAAAGUAUCAGUAUCGUGGCGGCACGGUGGACGACUGCUUGGCACAUCUGCCUCACAGUUCUGAGGACCCGGGUUCAUAUCCGGCCUCGCCUGUAUGGAGUUUGCAAGUUCUCCCUGUGCCUGUGUGGGUUUUCUGAUAGUAGGUUGAUUGAAGACUCUUAAGUUGUGAAUGUGUGCGCGAAUGGUUGGUUGUUUAUAUGUGCCCUGCGAUUGGCUGGCGACCAGUUCAGGGUGUACCUCGCCUCUCGCCCAGAGUCAACUGGGAUAGGCUCUAGCACGCCCGCGACCCCGGUGAGGAUAAGUGGUAUGAAAAAUGGGUGGGUGAAUGGAUAUCGGUAUCGUCAUCCGCAAAACUGGCCUCAUAUUUACUUGGUAUCGAAUCAAUAUUAAAUCUUGCAGUAUCGCACACCACUACUAAAUAUGGAUUCUCACUAAAUCUAUCAUUUUAUUACCUCCACCAAGGUGGUUAUGCUUUUGCAAUCAUGUUUGAUUAAUCAAAAAACCUAAAAGAGGGGGUGCGUAUUUAACAAGGCAACAGAUUUUUAACAUUUUCUUAAAUUUCUUAAUUCUUCUAAGUCUUACUGGAUGGCCUUUAACAAGACAACAAUGCCAAUACAACAAAUGACGUAAGGCUUAUUCAUCAUAAAUAUAUUGUUUCCCACAGAAUGACAUUAUCAAUCCAUCCCUUUUCUACAAUGCUUGUCCUCACAGGUGAGCUAGAGACUAUCUCAGAUGACUUUGGGCAACAGGCAGGGUACACUCAGGACUCAAUUGCAGGGCACAUAUUGACAAACAACAAUUUACUCAUUCAUUCGUGCCUAUGGGCAAUUCUCUGGUCUUCAAUUAACAUAGGAAGCAUGUUUUUGAAAUGCGCGAGGAAGCAAGCGUACCAACGCACUCAUAGGGAGAAUAUGCAAAUUUAACACAGGAAUGGCAGAGCCGAGAUUUGAACCAAGAACCUCUUUCCUGUGAUUCAACCGUGCCUCCGCCUUUUGCCCAAAUAUUGUUCAUUCUUUUUGUUCAGAAUUUGGCCCUAAAAAACAAUAUUACCUAGUUGAGUGCUACUGUAGUGGAUGUCCAAUGACUAUAUACCAUGACAAUCAUAUUGUGCAAGAAAUCAAAAAGAAGAACAUACAUGUAGAGCUGGUCAACAUCUGGAUUUGCAUUCAAUUAACCCAUUUUAAAGGGAGACUGCAGUUUUUUGUUUUUGUUUUUUUUGCAGUAAGGCUGAAAACUGCAAUCUCCCUAUUUAACUGCACAUUGUGGAUCUGUGGUUAAAACCCAUUAGCAAUAUAGAGUAUGUACUGGAUACAUUCGAGCCUCUGUUGGAUUUAUCUAAAACCAGGACUGUAGGGGUAUUGACUGAAGAAAGAAGAUAAAUAUGUACCAGAAUAUAGGAAUGUGUUUGUGUGUCCUCCAAUGACCACAUCGACUCCUCUCACUCGCUUAGCAAUUAUUUGAUCAAUGUCAAAACCAGAGUGUCCCAGGGCGAUUAUCUUGUUAUAGCCAAGUGUGUGCAGUUUGUCAACUUCAAUCUGCAGGGAUGCCACCUCAUCAUCAAACUUUAGGUGUGGUCCUAAUAUGCAAACACAGGAAGGAAGGAAAGGUUCAGCAACAAGUUAGUUCAGCUAAAUAAAUAUACAAACAGCUCUUGAGCAAUGAACCAAAGAACUCCGAGCCCUGCCAUGAAUAGCUAAGAAUCUGUGAAUAAUUGAUAAAACCCAAAGAGGGUUAUAAUUGUAUAUUUGUUUCUUAAAAUGUUUCAAAUUUAGUUUGUUUGUGCCUAGAAGGUUGUG